AUGGGUUCCCUUCGUGUGGUGGCAUUUUCUGCAUUAUUCCUUCUCCUCCUUGUGGACUUGGAAGCUGCGUUAAUUGGCGAGAAGCAGUGGACUACUUACAAAAGGCAGUUUAACAAGACCUAUGCACCAGAGCAUGACUACUAUCAUAGGUGGAUUUUCAGCGCAGUUGACAAAUUAGUUCGAAAGAACAACAUAGAGUACGCUCAGGGCAAGGUUGCCUACUUUCUGAAGGUCAACGAAUACUCCGAUACCGAUCGGAGUGCAGUUUAUGCCAAUCCACCCUCGAUGCCAGCAGAAUCCAUUCAGGGCACAGGGUCCAAGCCAGCCAACUACAAAUACUACCAUGAGAUACAAGGUGGCAUUGACUGGCGUGAAUCUGGCUUCGUCUCCCCAGUUCGUCAUCAGGGCGAAUGCAAUAGCUGCUGGGCCUUCUCCACCGCUGGACUCUUGGAGACUCAUAUGGCUAAGAAGACCGGAAGGCGGGUGGCAAUGUCCCCGAAGCAUCUACUGGACUGCGUUGAAAAGAACGGCGGGUGUGAUGGCGGCUGGGUGAGCCACGCCAUCAACUAUACCCGGGAUAAUGGCAUAAGCUCAUGGGAAUCUUAUUCUCCGUACAAACCUCAAAAUGACGUGUGUGUCUAUAAUCCAAGAGGGAACCAGGUUUUACCAAGGGGUUAUGUCAUUCUCGAACCAAAUGAAAAAAAGAUGGCUGAAGUGGUCUACAACAUUGGACCAGUGACAGUGUCCCUGGAUCAUCUUUACACAGAAUUUUAUGAGUAUUCCCGUGGCAUCUUAAGCAUACCGGAUUGCAGAAACGGGAAGGGAUUUCUUAAACACUCAAUGCUUGUUGUGGGCUUCGGAACAGACCCUGAGGGACGUGACUACUGGCUGAUCAAGAACUCCUUUGGCGAGAAAUGGGGUGAAAACGGAUAUGUGAGACUUGCUCGCAACGCUGGCAAUAUGUGCGGCGUGGCCUCUCUGCCCCAAUAUCCGGUUUUUUAA